AUGGCUAAUGAAACAUUUAAUACAUAUACAGGCUUACAUCCUACAAUAAAAAAUGAUAAAGGUCCACCAUAUUUAUUCCCCUUACUAAAUUUUCUGUGGUUUUUACUUCGUGCUAUAGAACAGAAACAUACAAACCAGUUUAAAGUACUGAGAAACUGGUAUGCUAUCAGCAUAAAAAGGGACCCUAACUAUUCCAUAUAUUUAGACAACAUUGGACGUAUUUGGUUUGGCAUAGAAAUUCCACAAGAUACUAGGAACCCAAAUUCUAUGCUUAAUGGACUCCUUAAAUCAAUAAUUGGAGACCUUGAUAGUUCCGAUGAAGAUGGUGACUUAAAUGAGCGUAACUCAACAGCACCAGACUUAGAU